AUGGCAUCCACCACAGGUAUAGGAAUAAAAGUCCCUUGCAAUUUCCAACUGUUGGAAGAACUUGAAAGCCAGAAAGGAGUAGGAGAUGGCACAGUUAGCUGGGAUCUAGAAGAUGAUGGAGACAUGGCACUUACAAGAUGGACAGGGAUGAUAAUUGGGGCUCCAAGGGUGGACCCAAGAGCUAUAUCAGUGCUAGCCAAGUGGCAGAAUUCAUAUAGCAUCAAAGUUUUCCUGCGGGAGCUUUGGUGCUUGGUGAUGUCUAAAGAGAACGUGAAACUCUCUCAGCCACCCAAAGGACAGUGUUAACAGCAAUUACUCAGAGCCCAAGCCUCUGUUCCAUU